AGAGGCAGGGUCUCACUCUGUCACUCAGGCUGGAGUGCAGUGGUGUGAUCAUAGCUCACUAUAACCUCAAACUCCUGAGCUCAAGUGAUCUUCCUGCCUCAGACUCCUGAAUGGAUAGGACUACAGGCUUGCAGAUGGGUCAAGGGUUGUGGAGAGUGGUCAGAAACCAGCAGCUACAACAAGAAGGCUACAGUGAGCAAGGCUACCUCACCAGAGAGCAGAGCAGGAGAAUGGCUGCGAGCAACAUUUCUAACACCAAUCAUCGUAAACAAGUCCAAGGAGGCAUUGACAUAUAUCAUCUUUUGAAGGCAAGGAAAUCAAAAGAACAGGAAGGAUUCAUUAAUUUGGAAAUGUUGCCUCCUGAGCUAAGUUUUACCAUCUUGUCCUACCUGAAUGCAACUGACCUUUGCUUGGCUUCAUGUGUUUGGCAGGACCUUGCGAAUGAUGAACUUCUCUGGCAAGGGUUGUGCAAAUCCACUUGGGGUCACUGUUCCAUAUACAAUAAGAACCCACCUUUAGGAUUUUCUUUUAGAAAAUUGUAUAUGCAGCUGGAUGAAGGCAGCCUCACCUUUAAUGCCAACCCAGAUGAGGGAGUGAACUACUUUAUGUCCAAGGGUAUCCUAGAUGAUUCACCAAAGGAAAUAGCAAAGUUUAUCUUCUGUACAAGAACACUAAAUUGGAAAAAACUGAGAAUCUAUCUUGAUGAAAGGAGAGAUGUCUUGGAUGACCUUGUAACAUUGCAUAAUUUUAGAAAUCAGUUCUUGCCAAAUGCACUGAGAGAAUUUUUUCGUCAUAUCCAUGCCCCUGAAGAGCGUGGAGAGUAUCUUGAAACUCUUAUAACAAAGUUCUCACAUAGAUUCUGUGCUUGCAACCCUGAUUUAAUGCGAGAACUUGGCCUUAGUCCUGAUGCUGUCUAUGUACUGUGCUACUCUUUGAUUCUACUUUCCAUUGACCUCACUAGCCCUCAUGUGAAGAAUAAAAUGUCAAAAAGAGAAUUUAUUCGAAAUACCCGUCGCGCUGCUCAAAAUAUUAGUGAAGAUUUUGUAGGGCAUCUUUAUGACAAUAUCUACCUUAUUGGCCAUGUGGCUGCAUAAAAGCACAAUUGCUAGGACUUCAGUUUUUACUUCAGACUAAAGCUACCCAAGGACUUAGCAGAUAUGGGGGUUACAUCAGUGCUGGUCAUUGUGGCCUGAGUAUACAAUCAAGCUUCAGUGUGCAACCUUUUUUUCUUUUGCCAUUUUCUAUUUUAGUAAUUUCCUUGGGGAACUAAAUAAUUUUGCAGAAUUUUUCCUAAUUUUGUUUAUCAUGUUUUGCACAAAGCAGAGCCACUGUCUAACACAGCUGUUAACGAAUGAUAAACUGACAUUAUACUCUAAAAGAUGGUGUAUUUGUGCAUUAGAUUUGCCUGAAAAACUUUAUCCAUUUCCAUUCUUUAUACAAAUACCAUGUAAUGUGUACAUAUUUAACUAAAGAGAUUUAUAGUCAUAAUUAUUUUAUUGUAAAGAUUUUAACUAAAGUUUUUCCUUUUCUCUCAAA